AUGGCAGCACAUCCUGAUGCACAACAGUUGGCAGAAUCGAGCGAUCCCACAGCAGCCUCAUCUGUAGUGCAAGCCAAAGCCUAUGCUCGAGCCCCGCGGGCGGAUGCCGAUCGGCCACAAUGUUCCAAUUGUGACUCGUAUCGCACGCCGCUCUGGCGUCGCGACCCAGAGAAUCGUCUUCUCUGCAAUGCAUGUGGGCUGUAUCAAAAACUUCACAAGAAGCCGCGACCAAAGACGCUCAAGUCGGCAUUCCAGCAUCAUCCGGAUUGUAUGGCGCCGACAACGCACGCGUGUCAGACGCAUGGGUGCCAGAUCGAGCCGGACGAAAAUCCGCAGACUUGCGUGAAUUGCGGGACAACUACAACGCCUCUGUGGAGGAAGGAUGAGAAUGGACAGCCGAAUUGCAAUGCUUGUGGACUUUGGAAGAGUCUGCACAAGACGCCCAGGCCGGUGCGCAUGCGUAUGGACCACAUCAGAAAGCGACAGAGG